AUGGCAGCCGGCCUCAAUCCAUUGAACGUCGACCUGACUACCGCCGACCCUCGGGACGUGGUAUGUGCCCUCGCACAGUCCGGCAACGAGUAUAACGGACACAUGGGGGCGAGGAUCUCGUCUAUAUUCGUGCUUCUGAUUGUCUCUUCGGCUGCGACAAUUUUCCCAAUCCUGGCGAAAUGGUCGCCUCGACUACGUUUGCCGCUGUAUGUGUAUUUGUUUGCGCGGUACUUCGGCGCAGGGGUGAUCGUCUCCACGGCCUUUAUCCACCUACUUGACCCAGCAUACGCUGAGAUCGGACCAAACACUUGCGUUGGCAUGACCGGUGGCUGGGCAACUUACGCCUGGUGUCCGGCUAUAGUGCUGACUUCGGUCAUGGUGAUUUUUCUGAUGGACUUUGCGGCGGAGUGGUACGUCGAAAUGAGAUUUGGCAUUGGAAACCCGCAUCCAGAUAUCCAAGAGGCUAUCACGAGGGAAGGAGAGCAACCCAUGACAGCAUCGACAUCCGGUGGAGUAGGUAUGGCUGGCGGCUUACCUGUGCAAAGAAUUUCGGCCUAUGAGAAACGAUUUAUUGAAGAUACCGUUGAUCUCGAGAACGCGGAUGCCGACUCUGUGGCGGUACAGAUGGCGUUCCGACAACAGAUUGCUGGAUUCCUGAUUCUCGAGUUCGGCAUCAUUUUCCACUCGGUAAUCAUCGGGAUGAAUCUGGGUGUUUCUGGUGACGAAUUCAGUACGCUCUAUCCCGUGCUGGGUCUAGGCCAUGUUCAAGCUGACUGUCCUACCUUGCGCAUUAGCGGUGGCCCUGCCGGCGGUCGCUGCUACUCUUGCGGUCAAAUUGGCCAUUUGGCUCGCAACUGCCCGACCCCUGGCGCUGCACCUGUACCUCGCCCUGGUCGUGGCGGCUUUGCUAACUUCCGAGGCGGUUUUAAUGUCGUCAACAACCGGGCUGCCACAUGCUACAAGUGUGGCGGCCCCAACCAUUAUGCUCGCGAUUGUCAAGCUCAAGCCAUGAAGUGCUAUGCUUGCGGCAAGCUUGGCCACAUCUCAAGGGACUGUACUGCUCCAAACGGCGGUCCUUUGAACGCUGCUGGAAAGACCUGCUAUAAGUGCGGUCAACCAGGGCACAUCAGCAAAGACUGCACUUCUGCUGAAACCAAUGGUUCGGCUGCCGGUGUACCAAACGGGACAUCUGCUGAUGCUCCUGCAGCUCCUCCUGCAGCAGAUACCUCAGAUAUUAAUGCUACCGCUGCUGCCACUGCGGCGGUUGCAUAG